UGUAGAGAAGGUCACUCAAGCAAAGUGUGCAGGAAGUUCACUGAAAUGUAUAGAAAGGAGGAAUUUUCAUCGAUUUUAAAAUGCUUUGUCAUUUGUCAGAAAUAUUAAGUCAUGCUUUGUGUUUUUCUUCCAAUUAGCCAGACUGGUAAAAACACACAACGCAUCCGGAUAUUUUUUGUCCUCCAGUUUUCACAUUUUUUUGGCGUAGUUUGAAUUUAUCCGUCAAACAGAAAAACAACCACUUGUUACAGUCUAAUGAGAACAUCCAAUCAGUAAAACAUGCAUGGACCCAUACAAAAGCUCCACCCUCGCUCUAACUGCUGAAUGUAAGCCGGCAGUAGGUCCGUGUUUCCCCACAGAAUAAAGGCAUUGCUCAGUGACCGCCUCCGGUAACCUUGGAGCUGUUCCGUUCACUGGUACCGAAACUGUGCUCAGGACUUUGAACAUUAAUCUGAGUCAGAAUUAAAAUAUCAGCUCUAGGCAGGAAGCCAGCAGGUGAAGCGUGAGGAGGAGGAGGAAAAGUUGGGGAUCCCAUCAGGAUCUUCUGUCACUGCGCUGGUAUUAAGUGAAGGUUUAUAUUUCCAGAAGCGGAUCGGCUCACUUCCCAUUUUAACUUCAUGGCUCAGCGCUCCGCUCUUCCCAUCAUUCCCAUCGCGCUGCUGCUGUUCGGACUGGUUGGCAUCCUGCUGCUCACCAUUCCCACCCAGGACGUCCGGGACGCCCCGGGGUUCAUGUAUGGGAUUGUCCUGGAUGCCGGUUCUUCGCACACAUCUUUAUAUAUUUAUAAGUGGCCUGCAGAUAAGCAAAAUGGCACCGGUGUGGUCACCGAGCUCAACAAAUGUCACGUGGAAGGCGAUGGGAUUUCCAGCUACAUGGGUCAAAACGGAGCAGCAGGGAGGAGCUUAGAGGCGUGUCUGGAUCAGGCUGUCAAAGAUAUUCCCAAAGAGAGACACCAGAACACGCCCGUGUAUCUGGGAGCCACAGCAGGCAUGAGGCUUCUGAAUAUUUCCAAUCCAGAGCAGUCGGCUCAGAUUCUGGAAGAAGUGGGCCAAAAAAUCAAGUCAUACCCUUUCAACUACCGUGGAGCUACUAUUUUGAGCGGACAGAAGGAGGGAGCAUACGGCUGGGUCACUGUCAACUAUCUCUUGGAGAACUUCAUCAAGUAUGGGUUUGUUGGGCGUUGGUUAAGCCCUGGCAGAUCAACAGUGGGAGCACUCGAUUUUGGCGGCGCGUCCACACAGAUAACGUUUGUUACUCAGGAGACGGUGGAGGACAUACAAGACAUGAUGAAGCUGCGUCUUUACGGCCACGAGUACUUCUUAUACACCCACAGCUUCCUGUGCUAUGGCCAGGACCAGAUUUUAAAGAGACUGCUGGCUCACAUUGUGAAGUCUCAGGGUUACUCUCAGGUGGUCACUCAUCCCUGCUUUCCUGCAGACCACAGCAAGACACUGAAAAUGGUCAAUAUCUUCAACUCACCCUGCACCGUUAAGGACAAACCUGAGACCUACAACCCUCAGAGGAAUUUAACAUUACAAGGCAGCGGACAUUACGAGCAUUGCAUUGGGAACGUUACCAAACUCUUCUCCUUCAACAGCUGUCCCUUUUCGCACUGUUCGUUUGACAAAGUCUUCCAACCAAAUAUCACCGGCAGCUUCAUGGCGUUCUCUGCUUUUUUCUACAUUCACUCCAUCCUGCAGCAAAUUACCGGGGUCACAGUAAGCACCCCUCAGCAGCUGGAGGAGGCCACCGAGAAGCUUUGCGGCAUGAAGCACAGUCAGCUGAUGACUCUGGCUCCGAACGAAAUGGCUCGUCUGGAGAACCUCUGUGCAUGCUCUGUGUUCAUCAAAACUCUCAUACUGAAAGGAUAUGGCUUUGAUGACGCUUCGUUCCCUCGCAUUUCCUUUCAGAAGAAGGCAGGGGACACGUCGCUGGGCUGGGCUCUGGGCUACAUGCUGACUUUGAGCAAUUUGCUGCCAGCAGAAAGCGUCGAGGUGAGGAAAACCCUCACCAUCGGCGCAUGGGGGACGCUCCUCUUUCUCUUCAUCUUUCUCCUCAUAGUCAUCUGUGCCUUCCUUCUGCUUCGAACUCGAGACGGGAGGAAGAAAGCAGGUGAUGAAAGCACCAUCUAGAUACCACAACCACCUCCCGAGCUGUGGAGAAAAAAACUUACAGGAAAUUUGGAUUUUGUGGUUUUGUCUGUUUUGCAUAAUUCCUCCUUCCAGCAACUUAUAAAACAAACAAAAAAGAUAUACUGUGUCUGCUUUAACUUUCUGUUUUAUGGAUCAUAAAUACAACAUAAACUUUCAACGGCAUCAGAGAGCCAAUGAAUUUGAAUUUACCAUGGAUUAUUUCCCAUAUAUAUAUAUAUAUAUAUAUAUAUAUAUAUAUAUAUAGAUAUAUAAACCCCCAUUCAUAUUUGCAUAAAUAUCCUCUGACACGUUGCAGAGAAACCACAUGCUUUCCUGUAACCUUCAACAAACUAUCUGAUUUAAUUCUGAUUGGAUAUUUGACUACGCUUCUUGGCAGAACUGGAGUUUAUUUAAACUGGUUCCUGUCUUGGUUGUUUAUGCAAUUAUUUCUCACAAAUGUGAGAUCAGGGCCGUUGUAGAAGCCUAAUGUCAGCCAGCUUUAUUCAUCUCCAAACCAGUUUCAUGCUUUUUGGGCAUUGUCUUGCUGCAAUAUCCAACUGUGUACAAAUUUUAACCAGCUAGCUUUUUCUUCGAGGGGAAGUUAUAAACUUUGUUGGUAAUUCUGCCUUUCUAUUCCAUCUGCUUUCUGUAAUGCACCAACACCACUGGUAGUGAGAUGGUUCCAGAGCAUGAUGCAGUCACCACCAUGCAUGAUAAUGUAAUGUGUUGGACUCUGUGUUUAUUCUCUUAUGUACUUGGAUUCACUGAAAUGUUUAGGUUUUGAGUUGUAGUCUUUACUGAGCUUCUCACUGUAGCUCUUAGUUCCUGUUUUAUUUGGGAUUUCUAAUUCCUUUUGUGCAUAGUCUUCUGAUAACUUCCUGUGUCUUUGUCACAGCUUUAGUUACAUUUGGAGUCUUUCUGAUGUUGGGUGAAGUUCUUGUUUGACAGUGGUUGGUUUUCUGUUUUUUGGGUGCUGGUCUCUGUUAAACCAGUCCUCCUGUUAGUCUCCCAAUAUCUCAGUCUUUUGGUUCUCACUUGAGCUGUCACCAUUCAGUCAUUACCUCCACCCAGUCCCAAUGGCAUUUCCAUUCUCUUUGUGUGUUUUUUCUUCUGGUUGCUUUAUCUCAUUGAAACACCCAGCUGUUGUCCAUGCUGCUGGCUCCUGCUCUGCUGCUGUUCAUCUCGUUUAGAUUUUCUAUUUGUCUGGGACUCAGUCUUGUAUGGUUUAAUUUUUUUAUAUAACUACUUUGCAUUGAACUCUGCCUCCUCUCUGCCUGCCAGCAUUUGGUUCCUCAAACAAGCUUCUUCAUGUGGUCAAACAGUUCAGUCGUUGUUGCUUGGUCAACACCCUCUCAGUCCAUGUUGAUGGAAAACUGGCUUCACUCUGGGCACUGAUACUGGUCAGGCUGGAGAUUCUCAGUUCAUUGGAGGUUUGACCCCUAAUGAUUCUUGGGUUGUUACAGAACAUCUGAACCAGUUCCCUUUCUUUGAGGGGGGCAGAUUGGGUCAGAUGGUUAAAACGUGUACCCAUUUUUCUUUCAACAACUAUUCCAAACACACAUGAAAAUUAAUUUUUGAAUUUUAAGCUUCUAGAAUAGCCUUCACUUCAACCCGGUUGAAAAAGUUUAGACUGUCUUUGAAGGUUGGUUCCGUGUCCAACAACUUAUUUAACGGUUGAAUAUCCAGCCAGAAGUUUGCCAGAAGCUCGCUUAUGGUGACAAAAAGCAUGUGCAACUUGCUAAGAGACAUUUACCCAAAUAUUAGUGGGGGUGUAUGUAAAUAUUUCAGCCUGUAUGUUUCAUUUUGACCCAGUGCGAAUUAGAAAAAAUCCACAAUAAAUUUUAAUUUGUAAAACCAAUUCUUGUUUGUAAGAAAUGUUAAAGCUGUUUCUAUAAUCAUUCCCCAUGAGGAGUGGAGGUAAAAUUGGAGAAUAUGUGUACAAAACCCACUUUAAUUAUGCUGAGUCUAACCGAAGGAAAGGGACUAAUUUAAUGAACAUUUUAAAUGUCAGUGCUGAAGUAGAAGGAGGUAAACUGUAUUUAUAUAGAACAUUUAAAUACAGUUCAGACUGCCCAAAGUGCUGUGCAUUAUUUCAAGAAUUUUAAACAGCAACAAUAAAUGAGAAAUAGUAAAAAUGUGAACUUGUCUGAUUUCCACAGAUGAGAGGGAAUAAAAAGCUUUGUCUCCUUCAUGCUUGUGAUUGGAUCUAAGGACAGGCAGAAAAAGUCUGUCUGUGGAUCUGAUAGCACUUGGUGCUUGAUAGUAAUUUACAAGUUCAGUAAUAUAUCACGUGACGUGCCAUGUUAUGGGUUUAAAACAAUUACCAAAUUUUUUUUUACGUAUUCUGAAUUAACCAGGGAGCCAGCCCUGGAGUGAUGUGCUCAAGUUUUUUUUUGGUACAAGUAGGAAGUCUUGCAGCUGCUGUUUGAAAAAGCUGCAGAGGUUGAUGCUUUACGUUUGAGGAAGUCCCAGGUAUAAAGCCAAGACGUAACAAAGGCAUGAGUGACUAUUAGGAAAAAAUGAACAUGUAAAACAUUUAUGUAGUCCACAUAACACAAAAUGAGCUCCUCAAUGAACACUCACUGACAAAAAUAACGGAGCUGACUGGGAACUGAAACAGCACAUUCAGAAAGGUCUAAUGACUGUUGCACUGAUUAUAAAAUAGGAUCAAACAUAGGUUAGCACAAUAAAUUACAAAUAAAUUGGAAUAAUAGUGUGCACAAUAUUAAUAUAGCAAACAACUGGUUAGAAUUUUUUGGCUAUUAAAUUCCAAGUAUCAGCAAUUCACGUCAGUAUUAAAUUUUACAAUCAGCUUUAUUGGCCAAGAGUGUCUAAACAAGCAAGGAAUAAAUUACUUUCACAUGUUCUCAGCGUACCGACAUUUAAAUAUUAAUAUAUACAUUUUACAGGAGAAAACAUUGUAAGAUUUUGUUUUAGCUUGACUAGCCCUAACAUUGACCACCAGGCCCCAAAAUCAAAAUGGACGCACCAUUCCCAUUCACCGCCAGGUUGCACUGACUGCAACACUCUUUAGCGUGGAGGUUGUUACUGAGUGAAGGCGAACAUCAGUCCGUAAGCACCUAGGGAACAUUUUUAUUAAAUCUGUGAUGGAGUGAAGUGACCAGGGGCCAACUCCAGCAGAUAACAGGAAGGUUGAACAUGUUACAGGAAAUGGCUGUCAAUUUAAAAACCUCAGAUCAGAAUAUGUCCACAAACUUCUGCUAGGUGUGUUUCUAUACUUCACCUGAUAAUGAUUUAUUAUAGGAAGACUGUAUAACUUACACUUUGUUUCUUUGAUGAAAUUGUGAAGUUUAGCACAGAUAUUUUAUACAUGUCUUUGUGCAUUAAAUUUAACACCUUUAAUGUUUGUUUUUUUUAAAGGUGUUAAUAGGUGUAUGACAGUAUUUUUAUGUGAUGUGGUGGUGUAUGACCUGUUGGUUACAAAGUGACUAUAACUGGCUAGUUUAUAUUUUUAGUUUGCAGUUUAGUUUAUAGAUUUGUUUAUAUUACUUGAUCAGUAGGUCAAAUGCUAAAAAAUCGGAUUUUUCUUUAGUUCCUAAAAUGUAUCAAACCUGAAAACUGCCACUUUCUUUUGGUCUGUUUUGGUCUUAAAAAACAACAGGCUCUUUCAUGCAAUAUGUUUAAGCAUACGUGAUUUGAUGUAAAAAUUAGGGUAAUCUUGUAAUAAUCUUUCUUUUGUAACAAUCUUUUUCUGUUUAACUUUCUUAAAUUGUUCUUGUUUGUUACAUUGAGUUGCUGAAUCAAAACAAAUUGGACACAGAUGACUUUGAAUGUGUAAUAAUAGGAAAAUCUCAAUCGACCGGACUGGAAAUCUCUUCAGCCAAUCAAAAAACCUGAUUGGUGCAUUUCUAACAUCAUCAUAAGAGCUAAUAUAAAACUUGCAUUGCUAAUAUUGCUCCUUCUCUUGUGCACUUAAGCACAGUUUAGCCAUUUCAACCAAAAGGGGUGGCAGAAUUUGUCUGUAUUGAAGAAAACAUCUGAUUGUGACCAUUACUGUAAAUCUUUCCCUUUCUAAGAUCUUGACUGCUGUGCCCUAAAUGUUUAGCCUGCAAAUAGAUUACAGGAGUGCAUUCCAA